CGAUGGCUCUGGUGAAUGUAACUUCAAUCAAAACUGCAUCAAGUGGAUUAUUGCAAGGUGACAAUCCUCUAAACUUCGCCUUCCCACUCUUAAUCGUCCAAACCACCUUAAUCAUCGUCGUCAGCCGCUUCCUCGCCUUCCUUCUCAAACCCCUCCGCCAACCCAAAGUCAUCGCCGAGAUUGCUGGUGGAAUAUUGCUUGGGCCGUCAGCCUUUGGAAGAAACAAAGACUACCUGCACAAAAUAUUUCCCUCAUGGAGCACUCCAAUACUCGAAACCGUGGCAAGCAUUGGUCUUCUCUUUUUCUUGUUCCUCGUAGGCAUUGAGCUCGAUUUAAGCUCAAUCCGACGUCGUAGUGGCCGAAGUUCAUUUGGCAUAGCCCUCGCUGGCAUAUCGGUGCCUUUCCUAUGUGGCAUCGGCGUUGCUGUGAUCCUCCGGAGAACGAUCGACGGGGCUGACAAAGUCGGCUUCAGUGAGUUCGUUGUGUUCAUGGGAGUAUCGCUUUCGAUCACGGCCUUCCCUGUACUCGCCCGCAUUUUAGCAGAGUUCAAGCUUUUAACUACUAGGGUUGGCGAAACUGCCAUGGCUGCUGCCGCGUUGAAUGACGUCGCUGCAUGGAUCUUGCUCGCUCUUGCGGUGGCCUUCGCCGGUGACGGCGUUGGUGGCCACAAGAAAAGUCCUAUGGUAUCAGUCUGGGUCCUCUUAUCAGGUGUUGCAUUUGUUGCUUUCAUGAUGGUGGUGAUCCGACCGGCCAUGAACUGGGUGGCCCGUCGGAGCUCCCCAGAACAAGAUGACGUAGACGAAGCCUAUAUAUGCCUAACCCUAGCCGGAGUCAUGGUAUCCGGAUUCAUUACUGACCUAAUUGGUAUCCAUUCUAUAUUUGGAGCCUUUGUCUUUGGUCUAACAAUUCCCAAAGAAGGACAGUUUGCAGACAGAUUGAUAGCGAAGACUGAGGACUUUGUGUCCGGUUUGUUGCUUCCACUUUACUUUGCAUCAAGUGGGUUGAAGACCGAUGUAGGAAAGAUACACGGUGCAGAGGCUUGGGGGCUGUUGGUGCUCGUUAUAUCGAUCGCUUGUGCCGGGAAGAUUUUGGGGACGUUUGUGGUGGCAAUGACGUUUAUGAUUCCGGCUAGAGAAUCGUUGACGCUUGGUGUGCUCAUGAACACCAAGGGGUUGGUGGAGCUCAUUGUUCUCAACAUUGGCAAGGAGAAAAAGGUGCUUAAUGAUGAGACAUUUGCUAUUCUGGUAAUCAUGGCACUCUUCACCACCUUUAUCACUAGUCCAUUAGUGAUGGCCAUUUACAAGCCCGCACGUGGCAUCUCAGUUCGCGCUCACCGUAAGCUCUGUGAUCUGUCAACCAGUGAAUCCUUCAAGGACGAGCUUCGAGUCCUGGCGUGUGUUCAUGGGCCUGCCAAUGUGCCCUCACUCAUUAGCCUCAUUGAGUCCAUCCGAAGUGACAAGAAAGCCCAACUCAAACUCUUCCUCAUGCACCUUGUGGAGCUCACUGAGCGAUCUUCUUCCAUCAUCAUGGUCCAACGGGCCCGAAAGAAUGGCUUUCCCUUCUUUAAACGAUUGGGCCGCGGCCCAUGGAGCCAGGGGGUUGUUUCAGCCUUCAAGGCCUAUAGCCAAUUGGGCCGAGUAUCGGUCCGACCCACAACCGCAAUUUCAACCCUGUCCACAAUGCACGAGGAUGUUUGCCAUGUGGCGGACGACCGGAAGGUGACGAUGAUCAUCUUGCCAUUCCACAAACAAUGGAUGCGUGAGAGCGAUAAUCAUGAAGCGACGGAGGUUGUUGGCCACGGCUGGCGAGGGGUCAACCAGAGGGUGCUUCAAACUGCGCCAUGCUCCGUUGCAGUGAUCGUUGAUCGGGGGUUUGGUAACACCGGAGCCCAAACUCCAAGGCCUAGCACCACUGUGACCCGACGAGUUUGCGUUAUGUUUUUUGGUGGGCCUGAUGAUCGCGAGGCCUUGGAGUUUGGUGGUAGGAUGGCCGAACACCCGACAGUUAAAGUGGUGGUUGUGAAAUUUGUUGAGAAAGAGGGCAUGGAGAGUAAUGGGAUCAUGUUAAAGCCUUCGCCCUCCAAGUCUACCGAGAAUAGCUAUUGUUUUUCCACAGCUAAAAUGGACCGAAAGAAAGAAAAGGAGCUGGAUGAGGAAGCAGUGGCUGAGUUCAGAAGCAAAUGGGAUGGGAAAGCAGAGUACAUAGAGAAGGUGGCAGCCAAUAACGUUGUGGAGGGGGUUUUGGAAAUAGGAAGAAGUGGAGAUCAUGACCUGUUAAUCGUAGGCAAAGGAAGAUUCCCGUCACGCAUGGUGGCAGAAUUGGCCGACCGCCAUGCAGAGCAUGCAGAGUUAGGCCCCAUUGGAGACAUAUUGGCUUCAUCGAGCCAGGGUGUGGUCUCCUCAGUGCUUGUGAUUCAACAACAUGACGUAGCUCAUGCCGUGGAGGCUCCGGUGUCGAAGGUACUGCACGGUGAUUACGAAAGGUUCAUCGCGGAUGAGUCCUCCAGUUCUGUGCUUGAGAUCUCUAAGGAAUCUGUCUCCAGUUCUGUGCUUGAGAUCUCUAAGGAAUCUGUCUGACCCAAUUCGCUAAUUAACAAGUACAAAUUAAGUGUUUAAACGUAAGUCUCUGCAUGUGUACGCUAGCUCAUAAUCACAUGGUCUAAUGGCAUUGGUCUCUA